AUGAAGAAUAGAGAGAGGAAGAUUUAUUCGAACAGCUCAAGCGAGGAUCAUGGGUAUAAGACAAAAUGGAAUCAUGUCACGUUCGACCAUCCUGCAACGUUUGAUACUUUAGCUAUGGAUAAGAACAAGAAGGAAGAGAUCAAAGGAGAUUUGAUAAAGUUUAGUAAGAGCAAAGAUUACUACAAGAAGAUUGGGAAAGCUUGGAAGCGAGGUUAUCUUUUGUAUGGACCACCUGGGACUGGCAAAUCAACAAUGAUCGCUGCCAUGGCGAAUUUUUUGGACUAUGAUGUUUAUGAUCUUGAGUUGACGACGGUGAAGUAUAAUACACAGCUGAGAAGGUUAUUGAUUGACACUUCGGCGAAAUCAAUUAUUGUUAUUGAAGAUAUUGAUUGUUCACUUAAUCUCACGGGACAAAGAAAGAAAAAGGAAGAGGAAGAGGCAGUUGGAGAUGAGAAGAACACCAUUGAGAAGAAGAUUAUGGAUAAUGAAGGUGAGAAUGAAGUGAGCAAAGUCACUCUAUCAGGGCUAUUGAACUUUGUUGAUGGGUUGUGGUCAGCUUGUGGUGGCGAGAGGAUCAUUGUGUUCACUACAAACUUUGUGGACAAGCUAGAUCCGGUUUUGAUUCGGAAAGGAAGAAUGGAUAAGCAUAUAGAGUUGUCGUACUGCUGUUUCGAAGCGUUUAAGGUGUUGGCGAAAAACUAUUUGGAUGUUGAGGAGAGUGAGCUUUUUGAAGAGAUAAAGAGGUUGCUUGAGGUUGAAGAAAUCAAGAUGACACCAGCGGAUGUUGGGGAGAAUCUGUUACCUAAAUCUGAAGAAGAAGGACCAGAGACUUGUUUGAAGCGUUUAAUUGAAGCGUUGAAAGAGGAAAAGGAGGAAGCGAAGAGGAAGGUCGAGGAAGAGGAAAAAGGAAGAGAAAGAAUUAAUACUUAA